CUUGCAUGUGAUCCAAUCAUUUUGCAGUAAUUAAAUGCUUUGCCCAGCCUAGGAAACGUUAAGAUGAAACUCAUGCAUUGUGGAGGUUGUUUCAUUAUUCAUUUCAUUGAUGUCUUGUCAGCGGAUUUGUUUUGGAAACAAUGCACUGAAACGGGCCACUGAGACUGGCCUAAGGAGUUUAACACUUGUCAAAAAAAACGUACGUCCCUGUUUGUUUCGCUGAAGUUUAAAUUAUGUUGAUUUAUUGUGGAAGAAAAACAUUAUUUCUUCGCUGAAUAAUAUUAUUGAAGUAGUGUUGAAAAACAAUAUAAAAUUUUUCGUGUGAUGGGUGGCCAUACUUAUAUGUAAUUUUGCAUUGAAACUAAGGAGUUAAAUAUAAAUUGACACAAACAAGUGUUAUGAAGUUAUUUUUUCUGAAUUUUGGUCAAAUUCAAUGACGAUGAUAGUAAUACGAUGGGAUUCUUAGGUGUGUGUUUGCUCCUGGUAAGACACGGAGCUAGUAAUAAUAGAUUAUUCACCCGUUAGCACUUAGCCCUUUGUAGAUAUAUAUAUUUCUAGCUCUGCUCUUUUUUAUCUUAAUUUUUUAAAGUAUUUCUAUCUCUGUUCUCACCGCUGCAUGUUUCAGUUUCUUGCACAUCAGCCGCCUGCGCCUGCGGAUGCGCGGUGCGGAUAGAUAGCAACAUCUACAGUACGCACCUCUUCACACACAUCGUGUAUGAGUAGGAAGCUUCCUAGUUCCUUCGCUACUUCUAUUGACGCAUCUUUCUAUCCUCAAGUUACUUAAAUAAACCAAUAUAUAGAAGAUAGCAGAUUAGCGUUUCUACUGUAUAUUACAUAAUUAUUCAGAAUACCAUUUGUGCUACUCCCUCUUGUAUUAUUAUAUUAUAUGCAAGCAUUUUAAAAGUGUAUCCAAAUACAAGGUAUUUAAUUUAGGGAUAGAAGAAUAGUUUGCACUAGAUAAAUAGUUGCAUAUAGUCGAUUAUUACUUGCCGUUUAUCAACUAAUUUCUAUUAAUCACACUGAUGAUAAUGUUUGAUCAGAAAAUAAAGGGUGCAUACGUCUUUUAUAUUAUCUACUAUUAAUAUAUUUUAAAAUCUCUAGGUAUAUUAUUAAAUAGGACCCAGGGAGUAACUAGUAGUAGUAGUAAUAAAUAAUGAGUUUGUAUACUUAGUGAGGAAUAAACCACGUAGAUACAUCAGAAAGCUAAGGGGUUGGUAUGUGUGCUUAAACAGUUUUAGAAAACAAUAGAGAAAACCAAGCCAUGGCUCUCGAAAAAAAAAAGAAAAAGGAAACAAAAGGAAAAGCAAUCCGUGCGCGGCGAUCAGGCGGCGUAGCCGUAUAAGCACUCUCUUUCAAGCUUGACGCAUUUUACUUUCGGUUCUGUUCACGUAUCACGAACACAAGACACGCAAGUCACGCUAACGAAGCACGUACUCAUCCACUUGUCAUGGUCCUUAGCCAUGUCACAUUUUUUCUCGGUAUAAAAAAGAAAAACAGAACAUGGCUUAUAUCCUUAAGCUCAUGUCUAUGUCGAUAAAGACAGUGGUCACGCCUCCUCGUUGCAGAAAAUGAUAAAAAUGCAAAAACUAAAUUUGGAAGAAAAAUGCCCCCAAAAAAGCCACUUCAUCAAUAUCUCCAACUGACAUGGCCAAAGCAAGGAAACCAAUGGGUAAAGGGCAUAAAGUUGGCAGGUAAUUAAGAGCUAGCACAUCCUUGGAGUGGGAGGGAUACCACAAUUCGCUUGGAAAACAUUUAUGGCAUUCCCAAAAAUGCUCCUUCGCCCCUGAAAAAAACCACAUCUUCGUUUGGCCUCUCCGCUCUCCUUUGAAGUCUGCAGAUGCAAAAAGUUGGACCAGAGGCACUGUAGUCGGGGGCACGAAUAGAGAGAGUGAGAGAUGGCGAGCUCCAGCAGUGCGAGCGCCCAUGGGGAAGCUGCUGCUGUUGACGGGGCGACAGGGACCCACUCCAAUCUGAGGUCUUUUCUUGACAGUGUUACACCGGUCGUAAAGGCGCACACGGUCCCUAUGGCAUCCUACCUUCCACUGCCAAACGGCUGUUAUGAAAAGAUUGCAGAUGGAGUCAAAUGUUUCUACCUUGGAGAUCUUUGGAAUAGGUUCUAUGAGUGGAGCGCCUGUGGUGUUGGUACUUCAGUGUGCAUCGCUCCGGGUGAGACAGUGGUCCAAUACUUCGUGCCAUAUCUUUCGGCAAUUCAAUUGUACACCAACAUGACAAAUGUUCCUACUUCACAAAGCAUGUUAUAUGAUGGAAGAUUCAAUCAGGAUAACCAUUAUGGUGCAAUAAAUUGGAUGGACACUCAUGGAUAUCAAGCACCAUCACACAUGUCCGCUAUUGGAGUUGAAAGCAAGGGGGAGUUGUUCUUCAAGUAUUUUGAACCUGACUCCCCUUAUGAAAGGAUACCUUUUGUAGACAAGGUGUAUGAUCUGUGCUAUGAUUGUCCUUCCCUAUCAUCUUUGAGCAGUGCAGAGCUCUCACCAUCAAGUUGGAUGUCGGUUUUUUGGUAUCCAACAAGUCAUGUCCCUGCGAAGAAUCAAAAAGAUCUAAAUACUUGCUUUUUGACCUACCAUAGCCUUUCAACAUGCAAAGAUCUUGUUGCUUUAGAUUGUGUGCAAACCUUCAAUCAUAUGGCACUUUCCCCAUUUGGCCUUGCAACAUACAAGUUAGAUGCUGAAGUGUGGGCUACUCCAAACUCUGGUGACCAAGAACGUAUUUCCUCUCUCUUCGAUGUGGCACAGUCAUGGCUAAAGGAGCACAACAUCCACCACCACGACUUCAACUACUUUUCCCAUAGAUACUCCUUCAAAUGAAUAACAUGAACAUGACUGAUCAACAAGUUCAUAGUCAUUGAUGACUAAGUGUGUCAUGUGUUGUUUUUAACAUCUCUCUCCAUGCCAUUGUAGUAGUUGUUCCUAUUUUUCUUUUAUUAAUACUUACUUGUGAUGCUUUUAGUGUGUAUCGUUGGAGAUUAAUCACUAGGA